AGUGUCCAGCUCAUUGAAUGAAGACACUCACACUGUUACGGAAAAAGGAAUACCCUCCUGAUAGACAUGAAAUUGAAAAUUUUACGGCCUUCUCCGGGGGCGUUGUAAAACAUGCCAUACUACGCGAAGAGGGAAGCAGGGCCGCAUGUCAGCACCAACGAUUCCGCUAACGCAGCAUGGGAGGUGUAGAAAGUUUCUGCGUCGUAUCCUCUGUGCAUAUUUCUCCGAUACAUAUUCUGACGCAAGGAAUAUGAAUGCAUCGAUCAUUGAACGAAGUGCUCCUUGUUCUUAGCUAAGCUGCAGCGGAGAGCCCGAGCUCUCGCUCAUACUCCUCACUCCUGAGAGUACUAGAUGUAGACACCUCCGAAGCGCACUAUGAGUAAGUGAGAAGCAAGUUUUGCACAGGAUACGCUUGCGGGGGUCGGGAGGAAAAAUUGCAUACCUUGGAAAGAAAGGAGAUAGCGCACGCCAUCGCGGCUGCAGAGGAGAUGAAAAAUUCGCGACGAGAUUUUGCCUUUGCCAAGCACAAUACGACCAAAAGCCGAAAUCUACCCCUCCUGGAAGAGGAUGAUGAAGCUGAUGAAGACGACGAAAAUCAUCUUGGCAGAAGUGUGAGCAUGUCCAGUAAACGAAAGAGUAGACGGAUUCUUUCGCCCGCCGAAGCCGACGAAGACAGUGACGGACUCGGCCUCACCUCGCCGAAAGGGAACGUUUCCUUUCUGCAGUGGUAUGUAGCCGGGCAAGAACUUUCGACUGGUCGUGAUCGUUAUUCCGUGAGGGGACGCGCAGGUACCGGAGAUAACCAUAACGCCGACAAUGCUGCAGUUAUUGCAUCCCGCCACCACAAGGCCAGGCUGCUCAGUGGGCCGUCGCUUUAUGACCAGUACACUGGCGACGUAGAUCCGCUUGCUUCUCCCUUAGCGACGGACGGAGCGCGACGCGAAAUCAGCCCUAUAAUUUUGCCGGAGGCUAAAAAUAGAAGUAGCACGAGCAGGGAUCAUAAGGCGGCUGUAGGAGGAGUGGGAGCGCUCGGUUUCGACAACCUACCUAUUUCCGAGAAACGAUCAGACAGUGACGGGAAGUGGAAGCUUUUUGAUGUUGCUAGUCAUAGCCAAUCCUCAACAAAGUCCUCCGCGCACAUUGUCACUGCGCCGGCACCCCCGGGGGCUAGUCCUAGAAGUGCGACCCCUAGCAUAGGCAUAAUGACUUUGAAAAACUCAAACUAUGAUAGACAUGACACGCCGGUCUACCCAUACACCAAUUCGAGCUUGGACCGUGAUCUCCCUCGAAAAGAAAACCAAAGUUUACUAGUUUCGCGCCCCCUGUUGCUGGCGAGUUUUGAGACCAGCGCCAAUAAGAUCGCCGACAUUUCGACGACCGCUCACUUUCGAUCAAACACAAACCACGCGGAUUUCUCCCCGCAACAUGACUCUUCACCUAUACGGAAUAGAAAGAACUACAUUUCGUACUAGCAAGGAGGUCCCGAGUGCGGAUGCAACUGCUUCUUCAGCUUUUUCUUUUGAGCCAUAGAGAACGUACAUGCUUGCUUGUGCACCAUGGAGAACGUAAUGUUGACCAAGUGAUAGUUUAGAUCAGAUGACGAAGAGCCAGGAUUUACGUCUUUGCAACAUCAUCACACACACGGGUUCUAUCUCUUGGUGUUGUUCUACUUCUACACGCUCUGUGUAUUGCUACACGCGUUUUCCGCCGCCAAGCAAGCUG